AUGUCUGAUGUUUCGUCUCCAGGAGAAACGUUGAGAAACAGGCAACCUCGAACCAUCAAGGGGAAAUUAACCACAGUUGAUGCCCUGCAUUAUCUUAAAGCUGUCAAGGACAUAUUUCAUGACAAUAAAGAGAAAUACGAGAAAUUCCUUGAGCUCAUGAAGGACUUUAAAGCUCAGAGAAUCGACACUGAAGGUGUCAUUGGUGAAAUAAAAGAUUUGUUCAAGGGUUACAAGGACCUACUUUUAGGUUUUAAUACUUUCUUACCCCAAGGGUAUAAAAUAACUCUGCCCGAGGAAGAGAAACCUAAGAUCCGGGUGGAUUACAAAGAUGCUAUCGGUUUCGUCACCAAGAUUAAGGAGAGAUUCGGAACUGAUGAACAUGCGUAUAAAAGGUUUCUAGACAUCUUGAACAUGUAUCGAAAGCAAAGAAAGUCCAUAUCUGAUGUCUACAAAGAGGUUACUAAGUUGUUCAAGGGCCAUGAAGAUCUGCUCGUGGAGUUUGUUAAUUUCUUACCUAAUUGUUCAGAAUCAGCUUCUCCAAGGAAUGCAGUACCGCGUCAUAAGCGAACUCCAAUUCCUGCCAUGCAUUCUGAUAAGAAAAUAAAACGAGGCUGUAAGCUCGAAGAUUAUUCUGAACACUCUGAUCAACGAGAAGAUGGUGAUGAGAACCUUGUCGCUUGCUCUGCUGGCAAUUCUCAGGGAAACUCCCUAGUUAAAGAAGGUCAGCCAGGAUACUUGAAUGCAGAGGACAAUGGGGGAAUUCAAGAUUAUGAAAAUAGAGAAGAUCCUGAAAGAGAUACAGAUAGAACUGAAAAAAGUGCAGCUUCCAAGUAUGUGGGAACACCUAUUAAUGAACUUGAUCUUUCUGAAUGCACUCAGUGUACCCCAAGUUAUCGACUCUUGCCAAAGGAUUACCCAGUUGAGAUUCCAAGCUACAGAAAUACACUAGGUAAAAAGACACUUAAUGACCACCUGGUAUCUGUCACCUCAGGGAGUGAAGAUUAUUCAUUUAGUCAUAUGCGCAAAAACCAGUAUGAAGAAAGCUUGUUUCGGUGUGAGGAUGACAGGUAUGAAAUGGACAUGUUACUAGGAUCUGUAAGUUCAGCGAUUAAACACGUGGAGAUUCUUCUGGAAAAAAUCAACGACAACACAAUCACAAUAGACACUCCAAUAUGUAUUGAAAAACACUUAUCAGCUAUGAACUUAAGAUGCAUUGAGCGGUUGUAUGGUGAUAAUGGGCUUGAUGUCAUGGAUCUUUUGAAGAAGAAUAUGCACAGCGCUUUACCGGUGAUACUGACACGCUUGAAGCAGAAGCAAGAAGAAUGGGCAAGAUGCCACUCUGAUUUUCAGAAAGUUUGGGCCGAAGUGUAUGCUAAAAAUCACCAUAAGUCACUAGAUCAUCGUAGUUUCUAUUUCAAGCAGCAGGACUCUAAGAACUUGAGCACAAAAUGGUUAGUAGCAGAAAUUAAAGAUAUCAGUGAGAAAAAGCAGCAAGAAGAUCUACUUCAAGCUAUUGCUGUUAAAACUGCGCCCUCUUUUACUCCGGAUUUGGACUUCAAUUAUUGUGAUACACAAAUUCACGAGGACCUAUAUCUGUUAAUCAAGUAUUACUGUGAAGAAAUAUGUGCGACUGAACAAUCAGAUAAGGUAAUGAAGCUGUGGAUAACUUUUUUGGAGCCCAUGUUUGGCAUAUUUUCGAGGUCUCAAGGUAACCUGGCUAUGGAAGAUGUGUCAAAGUUGGAAAACAACAACCAAGAAUUGCAUGAUGCACGCAUGGCAAUGAAGGGCACCGCUUCUGGGUCAAACUGUAAACAUCCAGUAUCCCCAAAACUGCUGAACAAAGAUAAUCCAAGAGUGCAAGGAAGCUCUCCUGGGAAAGAUGUAUCCGCCAAUACAGUGAAAACAGUUCAGCACGAUAAAGUGCAGAAUGAUGCACCAAUGACUACUGAGGCUAUCCAGUCUUCCAAACUGAUGUCGCCCAGAAAUUAUCAGAUAAUGGAGGAUGCAGGGAAUCAUAAAAGUAACGAAGUGUCAGUGGAAAAGCAUGAGGUUGAGCGAGAAGAGGGUGAGUUAUCUCCCACCGACAGUUGUGAGCAAGGCAACUUUGAGGUUAAUGGACAGAAUGGCCUCAAGCCUUCACAAAAGAUGAUGGACAAUGUUAGAAGCAGGAAAGACCAACAAAGUUGUGAUAAAAAGGGUUCAUAUUGUACUGAAACAGGAGCAAAGAGCAAUGCUCAUGCUGAAGAUGACAAAAAAGAAAAUUGUCACAAAUUAUCAGAGGAUAAUGAGACUGUGUCUGAAAUGCUUGUUUUAGGAACUAAGUUUGGCUGCCAUGAAGAGCAUGACGAAGUUGAAGAUGGAUCCUUUGAAUUUUCAGAACGGUUUCUGCAAACUGUAAAACCUGUUGCCAAGCAUGUCUCUUGGCCAUUGCAAGCUACUGAAACUGGCUCCCGGAAUGAUUCUCGAGUUUUUUAUGGGAAUGAUUCCUAUUAUGUGCUAUUUAGGCUUCAUCAAAUGUUGUACGAGAGGAUACAAUCGGCAAAGAAACAUUCAGAAAAGAAGUGGAAGGCUCCAGAUAACUCAACUCCUGAUGCAUAUCCGAGGUUCAUGGAUGCACUCUAUAAUUUACUUGAUGGCUCUAGUGACAAUACAAAGUUUGAAGAUGAAUGCCGAGCUAUUUUUGGAGCACAGGCAUAUGUUCUUUUCACAUUGGACAAGCUAGUUCAGAAGUUUGUUAAGCAUCUCCAUGCGGUUGCAGCUGAUGAGACAGACACCAAGCUUCUGCAACUAUAUGCAUAUGAGAAGUACAGAAAACCGGAAAGAUUCUUUGAUCUAGUAUAUCAUGAGAAUGCACGUGCCCUCCUCCAUGAGGCAAACAUAUACCGAAUCAGAUAUUCGUCGGCAGAAACCUGUCUCUCAAUUCAGCUUACGAACAGCUGGAACAAUCAUCCUGAAAAAACGGGUGCAGCGAUGGAGCCGGGUUUUGCAGACUAUCUGCAAAAUGAAUUUCUGACAUCCGUCAAUGAUGAAGAGAAGCACGGACUGUUUCUGAAAAGGAACAAGGAGAAAUUCAGAGGUUUAGAUGAAUCUUCAGGGAUGCCUGUUGCAACGGAAGGAGUGAAUAUUAUUAACGGGAUGGAAUCUAAGAUGGCUUGCAGUACUUCAAAGGUGAAGUAUGUAGCAAACACAUCAGAUCUCUUCUAUAGAAGCAAACAGAGGAAACCAAAUCCAAAGGGACGUAUGCUUCAAAGAGUCAGCGAAAUCUCAAAGGAGAGGAGAAUAUCGCGGUUUCACAUUAUGCUCAACUGCAGACUGGUUGCCUCGCCGCCUCUAUAA